UGCUCAGAUUUAACUGUUAACAAAUACACCAUGACGUGACGUCAUGUGACGUUCUAAUGCAGCUGAUUGAUCAGCCUCUUGUGAUUGACAGCCGUUCGAUCCGGCGCGCGCUCGUGUCAUGUGAUUUCAAACUCUCCGGAAAACAGCAGCAGCGGUUCACGACUGACUUGACUGGUACUGCUGUUUCGGCGAAGAAGCUUCCUCUGUUUUUCAGCCAACAAACCAAACUGAAUAAGGCAUUAGAUUUCUUGAAAGAACGUUUUAGGUGGGAAAAAUGGAUUUAGCACAUCAUGGUCUUGUGCUUCUGAAGCGUCUCAACGCUCAGAGAGAGUUUGGUUUCCUCUGUGACUGUACUGUGGCCAUCGGGGAUAUACUUUUCAAAGCCCAUAAAGCCGUUCUCGCUGCCUUCUCAAACUACUUCCGUAUGCUGUUCAUCCAUCAAGACAGUGACUGUGUUCGACUGAAGCCUUCAGACAUACAAGCAGAUAUCUUCAGCUACCUGCUUAACCUAAUGUACACUGGAAAAUUUACCACACAGCCCAUUGACCCCCUUCGCCUUGAGCAGGGUGUCAAAUUCCUGCAUGCUUACCCCUUAUUACAAGAGGCAAGUCUUCUUAUAAAUCCAGAGUCGCAGUAUGUACCUUUGACAAACUCACUUUAUGGUAUACAGAUACCUGAUCAGACAUGCAGCCGACACAAUAAAAGAUCUAAGGGGGAUGUUUAUGCUACAAACGGUGAAAUCACCGGCCAAGAAUUUUCCGAUAUGGAUUAUAGAUCUCCACAACCUGUCGGCAUUGAGUCACCCACCCAGAACCCUGCAGCAUCGGUCGUCCAACACCUCACAUAUGGCAUAAUGAGUAGAAGUGCUUCCUCCAGGAAGAAUUAUGGCUGCAAUUAUUGUGGAAUCCGUUUUAACCAGAGGUCCAAGUUGAAGGAGCAUCUACUAGUCCACACCAGCCAAGCAACUGAGCCACAGAUGUCGUCAUUCAUGCAAAAUGGUCACACUAAUGAGCUUGAAGGUCAGGAAAUGGAGGAGGAGCUUUUGCAUGCUGACAGUGACGUUAUUAGUGAUACCGAUCAACAGGUGUGGAUGGAAGACACCCCACCGCCCUCUGAAAUUGCUGAUAUAGACAACCUGGAGGGCACCGAGAUGGGUCGUGAAAUGAAACGCCGAAAAUUUGAGUGUCCGACCUGUGCUCGCAAGUUUAUUCAGAAGAGCCACUGGCGUGAGCACAUGUACAUUCACACAGGGAAGCCGUAUAAGUGCAGUGCUUGUGGAAAGAACUUCUGCAGAGCGAACCAAGCGUCUCGACAUGUUUGUUUGAGUCAGGACUCAGAUUCAUACAUUAUGGUCAACAAACAGAGUUUGGUUCUGUGUGGUGGAGAAGACAACAGUCAGGUGGAAGCUCUCUUCCAGUCUUCAGAAAGACCCUAUAAAUGCAGCAUGUGUGCAGCUCCUUUUGCAAGUCCUUCUGAGGUUCCCAAACAUCAGUGUUUGCCUGAGAGUGAAGCUGUACCACUGGCAGAAAAUUCAAUGGGGGAUAAGGACUUAGAAACAACCACUCCUGAAGUGACCAGUCCUUCUUAAAAUGUCACGCUAAAGCAGUAUUAGUCCUUUUCAGUGCCAAUAUUUAACUUUUUUUGUGUGUGUUUAAAGGUCCACUCCAUUUUUCUUUCAUGCUUAUUUUUGUUUGGUGUUUUUUUUUUGCUGCUAAAAUGUUUGUGGAUUUAUUUGAAACUAAUAAAAUGGAAAAACUAUA